UUCUCUGUAGUUCCUCCCACUCUAACCAGCUACCCAAAGGUUGUAGCAGUACCUCACCUCAGUUUUUAUCCACACUGCGCACUGGAUUGUUGCCCUGGAUUAAUGAUAAUUAUUUCAUUUUUCUUUUCUUGAGAGGGCAUUGGCGGAGAGUAUGUUUUGAUGCAGGAUGCUGUGGUCCUCUUGGGUCUGGCAAUAAGAGCACUAUACAUACAGGCAGCUGGAGUCAAAGGAAACCAGACACAGAGAAGUCCUGUAGGAGUGCAUGAUUAAGAAGCCAGGAAAAAACCUUGAUGGUCACUCCCUCCUCUGCCAGGAAGCACUUCAAUCGGGGCAGAGAUGGUUUUGCGAAUUGGAUUUAGGAUUUCUCAGAUCCUGAUCAUACUCGCACUCACACUAUCUGGCGAAAGAGCGGAUGCACAGAGAGCAGGCUGUAAAAAUGUCCAUUAUGACCUGGUGUUCAUUUUGGACACCUCUUCCAGCGUGGGUAAGGAUAACUUUGAGAAGAUCAGACAGUGGGUAGCCAACCUGGUGGAGUCCUUCGACGUUGGGCCCGAAAAGACGCGCGUGGCCGUGGUCCGCUACAGCGACAGGCCCACCAUCGAGUUCAACCUCGGGAGGCACAGGACACUGGAGGACGUCAAGAGGGCGGCCAGGAACAUCCGCUACCUGGGCGGCAACACCAUGACCGGCGACGCCAUCAGCUACACCACCAGAAACAUCUACACCGAGCUGGCCGGGGCCCGACCGAAGGCCCGAGGCAUCCAAAGGGUGGCCAUCUUGCUGACGGACGGCAGGAGCCAGGAUUUUGUCCUGGAGCCGUCCAGGGAGGCCCACCGGGCCGGGAUUAGAAUGUUCGCUGUGGGCAUCGGGGAGGCGCUCAAGGUGGAGCUGGAGGAGAUCGCCGCCGAGCCCAAGAACGCCCACGUCUUCCACGUGUCGGACUUCAACGCCAUUGACAAGAUACGGGGGAAGCUGAGGAGGAGGCUUUGUGAGAAUGUGCUCUGUCCAAACAUGAAGGUGCAGCCUGAUCGGUUUAAGCCCGACAGCACAAGCUCAGGUCUGGAAGAAGUCCCAGGAUUUGACCUCAUGGAGUUCUUUAACGUGAGAGACAUUUUGGGGACAAAGUUCGAAGAAGGCCAAAGCUCGUUUGUGCGACUUGGAACAAUGCCAAUUGUCCAGCAGACUGAAGAUGUUUUCCCUCAAGGUCUACCGGAUGAAUAUGCCUUUGUGACCACUUUCAAGUUCAGGAAGACCUCCAGACGGGAAGACUGGUACCUCUGGCAAAUAUUUGACAAAUAUGGUAUACCACAGGUGUCUAUCCGCCUGGAUGGGGAGAAUAAGGCUGUGGAAUACAAUGCGGUCGGUCUGACCAAGGAUGCCGUGAGAGCCGUCUUCAAAAACCCCGAGGUGGACAACCUGUUCGAUCGCAACUGGCACAAGAUCGCCCUCAGCGUGCAGGCCAAAUCAGUGGCCCUCUACCUGGACUGCAAGCACAUACAGACGCUGCCCAUCGAUGACAGGGAGGACAUCGACAUCCAAGGAAAGACCGUCAUCGGCAAGAGGUUAUACGACAGCGUGCCGAUUGAUUUUGACCUCCAGAGGAUGGUGAUCUACUGUGACUCGAAGCACGCCGAGCUGGAGACCUGCUGCGACCUCCCUACCGGUCCCUGCCCCAAGACGGUCGUGACCGAGGCACCCCCUGAUGAGAUCACCACUCCCACUCCCACUCCCAAGGAGCAGCAGACUGGCCCUAAAGAUGUGAACUGCUCUUGUCCUGCAGGAGAGAAGGGAGAGGCUGGUCUGCCUGGAACUGGAGGUCCCAGGGGUGAAAAGGGGGAUUCUGGGAUACAGGGCCCAAUGGGACCUCCGGGACUCAAAGGACAGAAGGGAGAUCCUGGCAAAGCCGUGUCUAUCAAAGGUGAUAGAGGUGAAAAGGGUGCAGAGGGCUCAAAAGGUGGAUCUGGAGAUAAAGGAGGAAAGGGGGAAAAGGGAUCAUAUGGGCUUCCUGGCCUGGUUGGAAAAAAAGGAGAGAGGGGAGAAACAGGUGAAGCAGGAAAAACAGGUGAAAGAGGGUUGGCCGGCCCCCUGGGACCAAAGGGGAUGCAAGGGGAUUCAGGACUUAAUGGGUUACCUGGUCCCAAAGGGGUGUCUGGUGAAAAAGGCUUUAAAGGAGAUAAAGGAGCAGCCGGAUUAAGGGGAGAACCUGGUCUGGAUGGAUUUCCUGGGAAGCCUGGUGUUCCGGGGAAGGACGGUAUACGAGGAGGCGUCGGGUUGCCAGGAGCUAGUGGUGCCAAAGGUGUAAAGGGAGAAAUUGGUCUACCUGGAUUACCUGGAGAUGUGGUGCAAAAAGAAGGCUUGAAAGGAGAGGCUGGACCCCCAGGUCCCCGUGGCCCCCCAGGGCCCAGCGGCUCCCCAGGACCAGUGGGUCCACCCGGUCCCCAAGGAAUACCCGGAGCGCCUGGUGAAUUUGGUCAGAGGGGUAAGAAAGGUGAAAAUGGACUACCCGGAGUGGAUGGUUUACCUGGACCACAAGGUCCUUCUGGACAAACUGGUCCUCCUGGAAAAACUGGCCCUCCUGGACUGCCCGGAGAAAUUGGAUUUUCAGGCAAACCUGGCGAGCAGGGAAAACCUGGUUUACCUGGUAAAGACGGGCUUGAUGGAUUCCCAGGAAAUGAUGGGGCAAAGGGGCCUCCAGGUGAACCAGGUUUAGAUGGAUUUCCUGGAAAACCCGGCCCUAAGGGCGCGGAUGGCACUGUUGGUCCCAGGGGACCUGCUGGGGAGAGGGGGGAGGCCGGACUGCCAGGACAGACGGGCGUCGCUGGGCCGAGAGGGGAGAAGGGCUCUCAGGGUGAACGAGGACGGGAAGGAUCUUUUGGGCCUAAAGGAGAUAGAGGUGACAAGGGUGACGUGGGGCCCAAGGGAUCGCCCGGACUCCCAGGAAAUGUUGUCAAUAUAAUCCCAGAGCCUGGCGAACCAGGGAAACCUGGAGAAAGAGGCGAGAAGGGAGACCAAGGGAAACCAGGAAACAUUGGUCCUAGGGGAUUGCCAGGUGAACAGGGUCACCGCGGUCCAUCCGGUCCACUGGGACCGAAGGGAGACGCAGGUGUCAAAGGAGAGACUGGGCGUGCUGGUGAUCCAGGUCCGCCGGGUCAGCAAGGCCAACUGGGUCCUCGCGGGUUGCCAGGCAACGUGGGAGUCCCUGGAAAAACAGGCCCCCCCGGACCAGUGGGGCCGAGAGGAGAAAAGGGAGAAACAGGCAAAGAAGGAAGUCCUGGUCCCCCAGGAACCCGCGGAGAGACGGGCGUGGCUGGAAUCCCUGGGUUACCGGGGAAAGGGAAGGACGGACAGCCUGGACCACCUGGAUCACAAGGACUGCCAGGACCUCAGGGCCCCAAGGGUCCCCCUGGAGCCCCAGGACUGCAGGGACUUCCAGGAGGCAGGGGUCCCCCUGGAGAGGGCACCACCGGACCCCCGGGACCUCCUGGACAAAAUGGUGAACCAGGUCCUAUGGGUGCUAGGGGUCUACCUGGUAUUGCUGGUCCUCAGGGACCUGCUGGACACAAUGGUUUACCAGGAAGGCCAGGAGAGAAGGGGACAACCGGAGAGCCGGGGAAAGCCGCUGACAUCUCACAGUUAGAUCUGAAGAAUGUGUGCUCAGACUGUCCACCGGGCCCUCCCGGAUCCCCCGGCAUGCCAGGGGUUCAAGGGGACAAAGGGCUUCCUGGAACCGCAGGAAAGGAUGGCCAAGAUGGGUUCCAGGGACCAACAGGGCCGACAGGCCCACCCGGACCACCUGGAGCCGAAGGAGCAAAGGGAGUAAAAGGUGAUCGAGGACAUCCUGGUACGCCUGGGGAGAAAGGUGAAAAGGGACAACCAGGAGCUCCUGGAUAUCCAGGAGCUGCAGGCAUGAUGGGUCAACCAGGUACUGAUGGUCAACCAGGACCGAUGGGCCCUCCAGGACCCUCUGGGGAGAAGGGCAAGGAGGGUUUGAAAGGGAUCCAGGGACCACCAGGUUUACCCGGUUUAAUGGGAAUGGCUGGAAAGAUGGGGAAAGAUGGUCGUCCAGGAGAGCCAGGGGAACCGGGUAAACAGGGUGAAGUAGGGCCCCCAGGCAGAGAUGGACUCAGAGGACUUCCUGGUUUUAAAGGCCAUAGAGGAGAACCUGGACCACCAGGAUCUAAGGGUGAAGAAGGGAAGCCUGGCCCCCCAGGAAGAGAGGGAAAGCUAGGAAAAGACGGUAAUCCUGGGCCCCCAGGACCAGAGGGUUUCAGGGGCCAAAGAGGAGAACCGGGCAACCCGGGUGAGCCUGGCCCAUCAGGAAAACCAGGAGCCCCUGGGAAUCCAGGCACGCAGGGGGUCAAAGGAGAGGUUGGAAGCCCUGGAUUACCAGGAUUCUCAGGUCCAAAGGGACCGUCGGGACCACCUGGUCCGAUUGGUCCAGAAGGAAAGCAAGGUACUCCUGGGAAACAAGGGGAGCGAGGUGCCAAAGGAGAAAGGGGUGAUUCAGGUAUCAAGGGAGACAAAGGGCCUACUGGGGACCCUGGACAACCAGGAACUCCUGGUGUUCCUGGUCGAAAAGGGCACACAGGCAUGAUGGGAAUGUCAGGGCCUCCUGGAGAACCAGGCCAAUCUGGGCUUCCCGGAGCACAAGGACCACCAGGCAACCCAGGCCCACGGGGAGAGUCAACAUCACUGGAACACUUGAGAAGGCUUAUUCAAGAGGAGCUAUCAAAACAGUUAGAUGUCAAAAUGGCAUACCUCAUGGCCCAGAUCCAGCCAGCCCACAUCAAAAGCACAGCAGGUCGCCCAGGACCCCCUGGCCCUGCAGGCAAAGAUGGAGGUCAAGGACGACCAGGCCCUCCUGGGGAGCCGGGUAUGCCAGGCCAGCCAGGGGGAGAUGGGAUUAGAGGGCCAAUGGGCCAGAAAGGUGAAAGAGGAUCUAAAGGCGAAAGAGGUGAAACUGGUGUGGGACAGAGAGGAGAGCUUGGUCCACCUGGUCCUGCAGGUGCCACAGGGACACCCGGUUAUGGAAAGGACGGCAUGCCCGGGACGCCGGGCGUUCAGGGAGAGCCAGGAAACCCAGGUCCCCCGGGGCCAUCGGGCCCUUCGGGACCCACAGGACAGUGUGAUCCCUCUCAGUGCGCUUACUACGCCAGCCUGGCAUCAAGGCCCGUCAACGUCAAGGGGACUUAAAGCACAAAGACCUUGGACCGUGGCUAUUUAUGAACUUGGGUUUUCAGCAAACUAUGAACUGUUCGUUUUAGAAAAAAAAACAAACAAAAAAAACCCAGUAGCCUCUUUUUGGGGUUUUGCUGCCGGUCAGAAUUCAUUUGGGGUGCCGGGGAGGUGGUUGGGAAUGGGAGUUCUGAUUUUUAACUUUAUUGUCAGGAAUAAGCAAUGAGAGGCCACCAGCUUGGCUGCUCUGAACAGCAGCAGUAUUGUUCUUUAAAAAAAAAAACAAAGCUCUUAACUGUUUUUCGAAUGAUGUCUUCUAUCCUCAGUUCUUUUGUUACCUCACUUUUCACCCAGGAAUAGAUUAGCUUUUGAUACAAAGCCAAAUGAUCGUCAAAGAAGAUCUGCAGCAAGGGGUUUUGGCCAAUAAUUAUCCAAUGAAGGAUAAUCGUAGGUGGGUGAUAUGAGAUGAGUGGCUUUGGGGAAAAUAAGAGCUUGAGACAAAUUUAAAACAUAGUUUGUGAUUUUCACUCAAGAUCUUGAAAGAUCUUCCAAUUUGUGGUAAACUAUGUACGCUGAGCAGUUUUAAGCUAUGGGUAACGCAGUUAUAUAAAUUUAACAUUAUGGCCCAGGUAGAUGUAUGUAAAUUCCACACUUCCUUUUAUAAUGGCCAUCUGUGUGUUUCUUUUGCAAUAAUAAGUUUGUUUAUGCUUGCAUCUUCUGUCAAUUUGUUGCACCACAAGCAGGUUUAGUGGGAACACCAUGAGAAAUCUUAUGUUGUCGUAAAAGUAGUGGAAAAUGGGGGCAGGGAUGAAGAGGGGUGUCUGAGACGAAUCACUGAAUGCUUGCAGCUCAUCUACAUGGAGGGUAUUGGAUGAGACAUAGAAGACAUCAGCUUUUACCCCCCAUCCGAAUUCCCCCAAAAUCGUUCCAGACUUCUGAUAUACACCCAAGCUGUCUGGCUCAGUCCUGGCCUACAGCUUACCAGGGCCUCUAUUGUUUGUCCUGAUAAAACCCAUUAUAAAGUUGAGGGCAUGCUUAGGAGGAGAGGCACUAAACCUCAAAAAAGACCCUUCGAAAGCAUUAUUUCCAUCCUGGUCUGUUUUCUAUAGUUUAUUAACAUCCCCUUUGGGGACACACGAGGGAAGGUCUGGCUCAGGGCUGCUAUGAAUUGAAGACGUUGUUUUCCAAAUUGCUUGCUGCAUUACGGAAUGCACACAGCGUUCUGAUCCCCCUUAUUUGGACUGCCACCAAGGAAAUCAGUUUGAAGGAUCCGUUCUGUCCCUGUUGGACCAAUUAGAGCCUCCUCGAAAACUUGGAGGAAAUGGGUGAGUCUGCAGUAAAUGUAACUACAGCCUACGGUGGUGGUGGGGGUCAUUCAUAUUCUUUCAGGGGAAAAAUAUUAAUCAAAAAAAGAAUUUGUGUUGUAGUUUUGCUGUUAAUACCAAGGUUAGAAAUGUUUCAUAAAACCAGGAUGCUUUAUGUCUGAAUUUUAUAUUUCAGCUGGCUGGUAAAUCUCCAGUGUCAUUGGGGGCAUAAGCUCAUCUCUGGUCCUGAGCCAGGACACCACCGAGGAUCUCUCGAACACACACACACACUCCCGCUGGGCCAAAAGCCCAUUUACCACCUGUAAUGUGGCUACUUUUGAAGGUCACCUAGAGCAGUUUUCCGUUGCGGAUUAUUACACAGAGAACCAAGGGGCAAAGGAACAGCAAGCAAAUCCUGGUGUGAUAUCACAGAGGUUUAACAGAGUUUUCUUCAGUUGUUACCAGUUGACAAUGUCUUCAACAGAGACGUAUAUGGCAAUGUCUCCCUCCAGCCCCCCCCCCACCCCCCAUAGCCAGUCCCAUGACUGAAUGAAUUUCUGCUCACUACUUUAACUGUAUUUCUUCCAAUCAGCUUUUUCCUUUUUUUUUUGGUAGUUGGGAAGGGGGGAGGUGGGGGGGGGGGCAGGAUUAUUUCCUAAAAUGCGUUACUUAUUGUUUAUCAGUGUUGAUUGUUUGCCUCCCUGUGCCAAAGACUCACUUUUUAGCCACUGCAAUUAAAUUUUAUUUUUAUUCUGUCUUUAUAUGAUUUUUUCUUGCCUUAGGAUAGCAUCGGCCUUGUUAUUUGAGUGUGUCGGAAUCAGAUUUACUCCCAGCAAGAGUGUGCCAGCUUUAAAAUGAACUCCCCACACCAAAUUUAAUUACUUCAAAAAUAGCUCAUAUUAUAUAAAAAGGUUUGCUGGCUUCUAGUUUGUGUGAGUGUGUCCUCCAAGAUAUCGAAGUUGUUUGAUUUAUUUUAUUCAUUUUUUUAUGGGCUGUACAUUAGUGAAAAGGAGAUGUAGUGACUUUGACAAGCUGAAAGAUUAAUUCCAAAAAGGCACGAAGCAGCAUACAAAUUUCAAAAAUGACAAAAACAGUUUACCUGAUCCCUGGAAUCAAUUUCACUUUCACAGCUCUACUUGAUCAAUGGUGAAAAAAACAAUCAAUGGUGCUAUAUUUUUAAAACAUGUUUGGCUUUAUUAAUUUUCAAUUACCUGUAUUACAUUUCUAUUCAUAUUUUUAGCUUGUUUUGAAUAUGGAUUUUUUUUUUGUUAAAUUAUUUUAAGUAGCAACCUGCUAUUUCAAAGUUGUAGGCUUGACUGAUGCAACCUGUACUUGUGUAUAAUGAUAAAAUGGUGCUAAAUCUAUAAUUGAUAUUCUGUUAAAUUGAAUAAAUGAAAAGGCAUUUAUGUUGUAAUAAAGACUGGAACAGGUCCAUUUUAUAGAACAAGGCUUUUUUAAAUGAAUAUGCCUAAACACGUGUGCCUUGUGCCCUCUUAGUACUUACUACUGUGAUACAUAUUUUGCCAGACAAUGCUCCUAAAUGAAAAUAAAAAUAGUCAAGGAACCAAGUGCAAAGCAAAGCAGGGAUUCAUUUCUGCAGUUGGAAAUUUCAUUAUUUGUCCCAUGUUAAAUAAUGCAAGAUAAUUGCUUACAGUCGGUCGGAACAAACCUUAAUUUAGGCCAAUCCCCUCAGUGAAGGUAUUGAUCGCAGUCAGGUCACUUCAUUUCUUUGCUGAGCAUUGCAAUUAUGUAAAAUAGAGAAGCAUGCCAACAUGUGUGUUUCCAACACAGAAACCUUCAAUGUUCACCAAACCUGUUGAGCUUGUAUCAUAGUCUGCGACAAAAUUGUCCAAGGUAAGCUUGUCAUGGGUUUAAAUCCAUACAAAAUAUUCUGCAGUUCCUCACCAUGUUUUAUCUUAGAUUGAGAUCCCUGUACCUUUGUUCCCUGAACUCGGAUGCAAGAGGCAAGCCUCUAAUCUAUUAUUUAAUGAAGAUUAAAAUAGAUCUCCAACAAGACAUAUUCAAAAGCAUGCGUAGUACAACAGAGGUGCCCCUGAGAGGAUGAAUGUGUUCAAUUUCUCCAGCCCGCAACAGCCAAUAAAGGUCAUGUUUACACAGCAAAUGAAUCAGAAAGAGUAAAGUCUGUUAUGUUUACUUUCACCAUGGUAACUAGGCAACAAUCUGGAUACCCCACAAAGGCUUAUGUUCUGCCAUGGGUCAAAUGGGGAAAAAAAUGGAAACAU